AUGGCUGAAACGGGCCUCUUCUCCGAUAACCUCAUCUCUCCCGCUGUUGCCUCUGCGCUGCCCGAAGGCUACGUAGUUCGCGCUCUUCGCCUCUCCGACUACAAUGCUGGCUUUCUCGACUGCCUCCGCGUCCUGACCACCGUCGGUGAGAUCAGCGAGUCCCAAUUCGCCGAGCGCUACAACUGGCUAUCCAAAAGCGACGGUUACUACAUCCUCGUCAUUGAAGACACAAGCAGGAAAGCCGUUGUUGGAACCGGUGCCUUGAUUGUCGAGCGCAAGUUCAUUCACAGCCUGGGUCUGGUUGGCCACAUCGAGGACAUUGCCGUGGCAAAGGACCAGCAAGGGAAGAAGCUUGGUCUGCGUAUCAUCCAGGCCCUUGAUUUCAUAGCCGAAAAGGUGGGCUGCUACAAGAGUAUUCUCGAUUGCAGCGAAGCAAACGAAGGCUUCUAUGUCAAGUGUGGGUUCAGGAGAGCCGGCCUGGAGAUGGCCCACUACUACGAGGGAGACAAGAGUAAGGCCCAGUAG